CUUUCGAACCUGUUCCUCUGCUUCCUGCUCCUGUUGUCUGUGAGCUGCCCGGCUCCCUGGACUCCGGGAUCCCUGGCCCCUUCCUUCCCACAGCCAUGGCUACCGCCCCAGGACUACCCAGGGCCCCGAAAUCCAAGCCAAUCCUCCCUUCCCACUACUAUGAGGGUUUUCUGGAGAAGAAGGGACCGAAAGACAGGGAUUAUAAGAAGUUCUGGGCUGGCCUCCAGGGCCUCACUAUCUAUCUCUACAUCAGCAACCGAGACCCCCAGUAUGUGGAAAAGGUGGACCUGAGCAACUUUUUGGCACUGACAGAUGAUGCCCCGAGGGGUGGCAGCACCAUGGACCCAGGCACUCAUUUCUGCCUGUCAUUGGAAGGUCAGGAGAUCAGAUUCAAGGUGGACAGUCUGGAGGCUCGGGAGAUGUGGAAGGGCUUCAUCAUGACAGUGGUGGAGCUGAAAGUCCCAUCCAACCUGACCCUGCUGCCGGGACACAGAUACAUGAUGGCUGAGGCCCUGACCAAGGAAAAGGAUCGUCGAGCCCAGGAGAAGCCCUCCUGCUUCCUGAAUGUGAGCCGGGUGGAGGCGCAGCUGCUCCUGGAGAGGUACCCGGACUGCGGGAACAUGCUGCUGCGGCCCGGGAGCGACCGCUCCGGAGGCUACUCCAUCACUACCCGUCAGACGCUCAAUGGGGCCGAGGUGGUGAGGCACUACAAGGUGAAGCGCGAGGGCCUUGGUUACGUUAUCGACGUGGAAGAGCCGAUCUCCUGCUCUUCUCUCCAUGAUGUAGUGAACUACUUUGUCUCCAACACCAAGGGGGCUUUGGUCCCCUUCUACCCAGAUGAAGACUAUGAGAAGGUCUUAGGGUUUGUGGAGGCCAACCAGGAGAAUGGAGAGAGCACAUGGACAGUCCCCAAGCCUCCAGCCCCCCGGGUGCCAGGUGAUGACAAACAGAGACAGCAGCUGCCCGACCCAGGCAAGCCCCCCUGGGUGCCCACACCCCUGCCACCUGUACCAGAUCAGGAUGAGAACUACAUUAUACCCAUCAGUGAUCAGCCUACAACCCAAUAUGUGAAUGAAGAUGCACUGCCCAUACGCCUGCCCCCUGGCCCCAAACCCAAGAAACAAGGGAAGCCACUGCCCAAAGUGCCACCUGUGUCCAACAAGGCCAAGACAGAGCCCAAAGGCCUUGAUGGCCCCAAGAAAGUCACGCCAGGCUCUUCCCAGCCCAAGGUUCCUUUUGGCGUGUCCAUCUGCACAGAUAUUACUGAGGAGCUGGAAAGGAAGCUGCGGCAGAGGAGAGCCAACCUAGAGAAAUGACGCUGACCAGCUACAUGGACAAGGCCUAAGGAUCAGUGGGGCCAGGCCCUCCUUUGGGCCCUGACCCCAGGGAUGCUGCCCAUGACACCUCUCCUUCUUUCUACUCCCCUAGUUUUAACCCUUUAGCAGGGAGGGCACAUCUUGAGCCCUGCCUCCACUAGGGACACCCCAUCCCCCCACUCUGGAUAUUAAAGCUGAAGAAGCACA